AUGCAAUUCAUGUCUGCCAGUGACUGGUGGCAUGCUCAUCUGAAGUUUGCUAGAGAGCAUUUGGACGAUCCAGAAGAGGGUCAUAAGCAUGGCAAUAAUCCCAAACACACCGCCUGGGUACCAAACGAGUGUAAGAAGCAUUUCAAGGAGUUGAAAGGCCAUGUUCCCCAGCAACAGCCCCAAAACAUCACUGCCGUACAGGAGAUCUGCAUGGAAGAAAGGGCCAAACUACAAGCAACCAAAGAUAUUUCACAUGUACACGAGGCGGCAGUAGCUCAGAGCGGGUUGCCUAGAGAUCGGAAGAUCAUGGGACAGAUCCCAGCUCCUGCAAGGUGGCGGUCAGAGGGGCUGGCUGCCUCACCUCUGUCAGAUCCCCCCAGAAAGAAGAAGAAGAAGAAGAAGAAGAAGAAGAAGAUGAUGAUGGAAGAAGAAGAAGAUUUAGAAGAAGACGAAGAUGAAGAAAAAGAAGAAGACUUAGAGGAAGACAGAGAAGAUGAAGAAGACUUAGAAGGAGAUGAUGAAGACAAAGACGAAAAAGACUUAGAAAAAGUAGAAGAAGACGAAGAUGAAGACUUAGAAGAAGAAGUAAAAGAAGACGAAGAUGAAGACUUAGAAGAAGAAGACGAAGAAGACCAAGAAGAUUUAGAAGAAGAAGAAGACAAAGAAGAAGAAGAAAAAGUAGACGAAGAAGAAGACUUAAAAGACGAAGAUGAAGAAAAAGAAGAAGACUUAGAAGAAGACGGAGAAGAUGAAGAAGACUUAGAAGGAGAUGAAGAAGACAAAGACGAAAAAGACUUAGAAGGAGUAGAAGAAGACGAAGAUGAAGACUUAGAAGAAGAAGUAGAAGAAGACGAAGAUGAAGACUUAGAAGAAGAAGAAGAAGAAGAAGAAGACGAAGAAGACCAAGAAAACUUAGAAGACGAAGACGAAGAAGAUGAAGACAACGAAGAAGAUGAAUAUGAAGAAGACUUAGAAGAAGAUGAAGAAGACAUAGAAGAAGACAAAGAAGACUUAGAAGAAGAAGACAAAGAAGAAGAAGAAGAAGAAGAAGAAAUCUCACUCUAAAUAUUUUACUGCUAAUCACCACCAUAUGAUCAUUCUAUAAACUUCAUGAUAAAACGUCAUGAUGUAGUUUAGAGAAUUCCUAACAUAUUCUGUGUUCAUGCUGGUUGAAGCUUUGCUGGUUUGUGAAUCUGCCAACAAAUGUGUCACACACACCAGCUUUUCUGCUUACAUCCAUUCUAAUGUCUGGCAUCUUCUACUGGCUUCGGUCCAAACCACCUUGAUUUCUGCUCCCAGUGUUUCCUGUUUAGUCAAAUUAGUACUAAGAAAUCCCAGCUAGCAUAUUGAUGCUGAAAAGGUGUUGACCCAGCUGCUUCAGGGGCUCUUUGUAAAUAUAACCAAUUAGAGUGUUAAAAUCAGUGGUAAGUCAGCUGGAAUUAAUGGAACUGCUCUACACAAUUCUGAGAAUAUCACAGUAU